AUGACCUACUCCAGACCAUCCAGCAACGAGCACCCCAGCAGCUUCCCCGUGGGAUCCAGAGUGACCUACACGUGCAUCGAGGGUGCCCUCAAAAUCCCUGGGCUGCCAGACACGGUGGAGUGCCUGCCUGGCAACCUCUGGUCCAAGCUGCCCGAGCCCUGUGGCCGGAGCUGCACUGCCCCAACCAGGUUGAGGUUUGCUGCCCUGUCCAAGGAGGAUGAGGUGAUGAACUUCUUCCCUGUGGGCACCAACGUGACCUACGUCUGCCGUCCUGGCUACGAGAACACCUCGGAAAGCUCCCCCACCAGCACCUGCCUGGAGAACCUGACGUGGUCAGAAGCUGCUGAGCUGUGCAGGAGAAGGUCCUGUGGUGCCCUGGCAGCGCUGCCUGGAGGGAGGAUGGUGCCCCUCACAGACCUGCAGUUUGGUGCCAGAGUGGACGUGUUCUGUGAGGAUGGGUACAAAUUAAUUGGAAAUAAUUUCGUCUGGUGCCAGCUUAAAGGAAACGACGUUGAGUGGAGUCAACUUCCAACCUGUGAAUUGAUUACCUGCUCUUCACCUCCUCCAAUCAGCAAUGGGAGGCAUGAUGGUGAAGGUGUGGAAAAUUUUGCUUAUAACUCAACGGUGACAUACAGCUGUGCCCCUGGAUUCCAGCUCCUCGGGAAUGCGAGCAUCCGCUGCACGAGCACGGACAAAACCAACGGAGUCUGGAGCGGAGCUGUGCCCAAGUGCAAAGAGAAAAGCUCAGCUGUCAAACUUGGAGUAAAAAACCUGGAAAGGAGUGUCCCUCCCCAGAGUGAGUUGAAAUGAUUCAGCACUGAACCCAGACCCAUUUAAUUUGCUCCUUUAUCACAUUUCUGUCAAAAGGCCAUUCAAGGAACUCCACACCGUGGAUUUUAUUCUUUCAGGUCCCCAGGGAAAUGGCAUCCAACCCUCUAAGAAGGCUUUAUCAUGGGAGAGGAAGCUCAGCCUCUAUAAGAAGUCACUCCAAAACACCAUCUCCUCCC